AUGUACCAGAAUGCGCUCAUUGCAGAUGCACCUUCGAUAGCUCUGUCAUCACAGAACAGCAGCACCAUCCGUGCGCACUCUAUAGGGUGUCUUCCUCGGUAUACAUCGUUCAACAGUGGUUCAAAUGGGAUUUGCCUUAACGCCGUAUACCCCAAGUGGAUGUAUAACCCACCUGUGAUCAAGCGCAAAAAGCAGAAGAUUGCAAGGGACUUUAUAAAAGAGAACAAGUGGCUUGCAGCUCACCCAGACCUCAUCCAUGAAGUCCCUCCGUCCACACACGCGGCAGCAGAGGCCAUGGACGCAGCGGAAGCAGCAUACGCUAACUUCAUAUCCACAAUGCGUAACAGAGAGCAAGGGUCUCCGGUAAAAGUGCGGCAUCGAUGGAGCACACGCGAUUGCACUCCUCCGAGAGACGAUCGGUGUGCGAUACAACUCGACGCAGCAGAACGACAACUUCUUGCAUUUGCAGAUAGAGUUAGUAAGCAAAACGUCGAUAACGUAGAUGAACCCCGAAAGGGUACAGAAGUGGGAGUAGAAAUGAAAGUAGACAGUGAUAAUGAUUCACGCAUUAACGCAUGCGCUGAUGCGGACCAGGACGAUGCAGAGCCACACGAUCCAAAGACAUUCGUCGACGAACUGCUCGAGGACUCUGAUUUCAUUGACGAGAUGACCCAUGCAAAGGACAAGGUAGACGAUAAAAUGAACCCGGCAGCUGCAAAGCCCAAUUUGGCGGAAUCCCCCUUUGACCGCCCCAUCACAGUUGAGCCCACGUUUCGAUAUGAAAGGGGUCCUGGUGGCGAGACACUGGUGCUUGUUCACCCUGAGAACUUCCAGCAGCCUUGUGCUGAAUCAAAAUUCUUGUAUAGUGAAGAAGAGCUCGCUAAGAUAGCUGCCACAUCAAUAUAUGGCAAUUACAUGCUCCGGAAGCGAGAAGAUAUGUAUAGCGCGCCAUAUUUAAUACCCUAUACAUUCCGUUCAUCCCGUAUUUAA